CAGUCCAGCAGCAGCAAAGCCAUGUCCCGAAUUAGUGACCAAUUUAUUGAUCGACUUCAGCGUGUAUGACAGCGCGUGAAAGCAUGAGCUGAAUUUAUAUUUAUUCCGAAACAUUUUACUGCAGUUGUGCCCGUGAAUUUGAGUCCCCUGAAUCGGUACUGACACCAUGCUAGCCACAGUGACUGCUGUGGUGAGGUUUGCUCAAUACAAUGGCAGCAUUUCACCUACACCACUGGAAAACACAUCAGCAUCCCCAACUUGGCAAAGUGAUACUGAAGCCAACAUCACCAAGGUUCACAAAUGUCUACAAGUUCUGUAUGACGACGUUGGAGAAUCCAGGGUGCGGUACUGGGAUAUUCUACUGCUCAUCCCUAAUGUGGCCUUCUUUGUAUUCCUGAUGUGGAAGCUGCCUUCAGCCAGAGCAAAGAUUCGACUCACCUCUAGCCCCAUUUUCAUCACUUUCUACUUGCUGGUUUUUGUUGUAGCAGCUGUUGGAAUCACUCGUGCCAUAGUGUCUAUGACUGUCAGUGCAUCCAGUGCCGCCACCAUCAUUGACAAAGUGCUGUGGGAAAUCACCCGUUUCUUCUUGCUGGCUAUUGAGCUCAGUGUUAUCAUUUUGGGACUGGCUUUCAGUCAUCUGGAGAGCAAGUCCAGUAUAAAGCGUGUGCUGGCUAUUACUGCUGUGCUGGCUCUGGCCUACUCCAUCACUCAGGGCACACUAGAGAUCCUGUAUCCAGACAGUCACCUGUCUGCUGAGGACUUCAACAUCUACGGUCACGGAGGACGGCACUUCUGGUUGGCCAGCUCCUGUUUCUUCUUUCUGGUGUACUCUUUGAUUGUGAUCUUGCCCAAAACUCCACUAAGGGAGAGGAUAUCUCUGCCAUCUAAGAGGAGUUUCUAUGUGUACGCUGCCAUCCUGUCUUUACUGAACUUUGUCCAGGGCCUAGGCAGUUCUCUGCUGUGUGCUGGAAUUAUAGAGGGACUCUGCUGUGUGGAUGUCACCACCUUCCUGUACUUCUCCGCCUUUGCUCCACUCAUUUACGUCACAUUCCUCAAAGGCUUUUUUGGUUCAGAACCCAAGAUCCUGUUCUCCUACAAGUCACAGGUGGAUGAGGCAGAUGAAAGUGACGUUCACCUUCCCCCAACUGUUGCUACAACUCUUGGUCGCAAGGAGCUGACUGACCAGGGUCUGUACUACUCCUCCACCCAGAUUGAUGGGUCUGGUCCUGGCAACGCUGGUAUGGUUGGAGCAUACCUAGAUGAUGUUGCCUCCGGACCCUAUGGGUCCAGCAGCAUUAACAGCAUUGAAGCUGAUCGCUGGAGACCUGUCAAUGCAUGAAUCCUUGUAGAGGAGGAUGGAAGAAGAGAGAUGGUUAUGCAGGCUAGAUUUUUACGUGUGUGUGUGUGAGUGUGUGUGUGUGUGUGUGAAAGUAGUGUAUUGGGCAGGAUGGGGAUCAGAGGAGAUGCCCAAAAAAGAAAUCCAGAACAGAGGAGUUGGACACAGAGGAAAGAUAAACUUGGUCUUUGUAUGAGGCCAGGAUAAGUUUAGAAGUGGACACAUAAAGAGAGACCUUUUCUAGCCAAUUAUCUGGAGAACUGUGAAUUUAGCAACUGCUUUUGUAACACUGUCGCCAGAGUGCACUGCUGCUGUAGCUCCACACUAGGAGUACUAUUCCUCACCGUGGCCCCUACAGACUUCAUUGAUCUGGUUUCACCGUUCUUUAAUGUGGGAGAGCUUGCUGACUUGUUUCUACAUGUCUUCUGUCAUUCCGGCUUCCAGCAUCAAUUGUCAAUGAUGAAGUUUUAGCCCCAUUUUAAGUAUCCAAAUCUUUAAAAUCUAACAUUGUUUCAUUUUGAUGACAACAUAACAGCUGUACAUUCCCCCUGAAGGUUUGAGUAACAGCAUCUCAACAGACUUUAUCUGCUGCUUUGUAUUAGAUUUGUGGUUAAUCAGUUUGUACUGAAUCACUGUGCCUCUUAAUAGAGGGCAAAAACUUGUGCUAAUUCAUUUUGCAUUUUGAUGGGUAUAAUUUGUCAUCUGAAAAAAGUGUUGUCCCUCUUGUUAACAAGUAAAAGCCUUGAGUGUGAUGUGUGUUACUGCAAUUAUGAAAAGGAAAUUCCUUGGAAAGACAUUCCAUGUUUAGGAUCACAAAAUCAUCUUUUGGCUCUCUCCUGACACAUACGAAUAAUUCUUCUAUCUCGGCCAUAAGCUAUUUACUAGUCAUUUCUUUCCUCUUUUUAUUUAAUUAUGGCUUUUUCUUUAAUUUGUCAUUACCUGAUUAAUCAUUCCUCCUACUGAAAAUGUGAUUUGUACAACAAUAUGCAGAAACCUUUUAUGUGUAUUCCAAAUUAGACAUGCCCUCAUUUCAUAUCUAUCUUUGAUUCUAGUUCAGUUUCUUCUUGCUGCAGAUGGUUGCCAUAACAAAUUUCAGCUUUUCAUUUGCUGCUAACAUGUGUUUGUUUUUUUUAUUUUGGUGUUCAGAGUUUUCACGAAUGCUUUUAAGUCAUGAAAAAUGGGCCGUAAAAAAAACAGUGCUCAGUUUUAAUGCAUCAAAUGAUGGUAUUGAUUUACUUUUAUUGUAUAAAAAUCAGUUUUACGCUUGGGUUUUUAGCUUCAUCGUUCAACUCCUGAAAAUCAGUUCUUAUCAUACCUCAGGGUGUUACAACAGAAUCAUAAUUCACAUCACAUUCACUUAUACCUACCAUGGAAAUAUUAUGUGGUGUAUUUUCCCCUGGAAAUUCUAUACAUUUGGAAGAAUCAAUCUAGUAGUAUUCAUGUAUAGUGGUAACCUAUAUGUGGGGAAUACACCGCAAGGUAACAUUUAUUUUUUCAUCAUUAUAAAGAUGACAACACAGUAUUUGCCUGACUCUUGAAAUAUUUUAUAUUCAGAUCAGAGUGUGGGUGAACACUGCCGUAUUACUUGCAGCUAGAGUAGAGAUUUGAAAAUCAGUUUGCAGUUUCAUGACAUGAGUUCCCAAGGAGCGUUGUUAUGGAUUUACUGUCUAUUCUCUUGAUACACAAGAUGUUGAAUGGUGAAAUCAUUUUGCAAAUGAUGCGUAAAUUGCCUUUUUAUUUAAGUGCAUUGAUUGUAUAAUAUUGAGGCCCUAUUAAUGCGAUGUGCUGAGCAUUUCAUGACAUACAUAAUAAACCAUAGACAUACCUGUU